CCAAUGAAGAUGCCAACUGCUUACACGCCGAUGAUCCGGGGUCCUCUUUUUUACCCCGUCCCUGUUUUCUUUUCCUUCCGUCCUUCUUCCCCGCCAGGCUCGAAGCGUCGCAAUUAUUUUCAUGGGGUUUCAAUAACUUCAUGAUGUCGGGCGAAAGGGAUUCCGGUGCAACAGGGGACUGUCCCUCCUUACCCUGGAGGGUCAUGUCCUCGGUGACAGUCUUUGGUGUCGCUGCGCUAUGCCGCUCGUUUUUGUAUACGCUGAGUCGUCCCGAGGUCAACGGCCUCGAUUCGUUCUUGGAGUUACUCGACUCUCGAAGUGAUCCGUCACAGAGAAACAGAGGCCUACUCACAGUUUCCAACCAUAUCAGCGUUAUGGAUGAUCCGAUCAUGUGGGGUUUCCUACCAUUGCGAUACAAUUUUGGUUUCUCGAACUGGAACAGAAGAUGGGGGUUUGGCAGUCAUGAUAUCUGCUUUCAGGGCAGGCCCUUAUCCCUAUUCUUCACCAUGGGUCAGGUUCUGCCCACCCAUCGGCUCGCACACUCACCGUACGGUGGUGUCGCACAACCGGCCGUAACCCAGGCGAUCCGAUUGUUAUCGAAAGGACCCUUCCCCGUUAACGCUCACAAAGCCCGACCCGAGCGACAACACUGGAGCCUACAGAACGUCUGCGUCGAUCCCUUUUCCGACCUUCCCAUGGCGUACACCACCAACGGAGAAGAUUCGCAUCUGGCUCCAUCCGCAUUCUCUUGCAACUCUUACUCCUGGGUCCACAUUUUCCCGGAAGGCAAAAUCCACCAGGCACCGAACAAGACAAUGCGCUAUUUCAAAUGGGGUGUUGCUCGACUGAUUCUAGAAACCAAUGAAUGCCCUGACGUCGUCCCUAUGUGGGUAGAAGGGUUUGAUCAAGUCAUGCAUGAGAGCCGAGAAUUUCCACGGUUCCUCCCACGACCAGGGAAGGACGUUAGUGUCACCUUCGGACAGAAGGUUGAUACCGACGCAGUGUUCGGGGAUAUGAGGCGGCGAUGGCGAGAGUUGAAGGCCAAGGCCGAAUUGAAAGCUCCGGAGACUCGCGACCUCGCCGUCGGCGUGUUGAGCGACGAGCUUCUUAACGGAAAGGAGGCAGUUGAGCUGCGGAAAGAGGUCACCAAGAAGGUUAGGGACCUUGUGUUAGAUGUAAGACGGUCGAGGGGGCUGCCCGACGAGGAUCCAAAGGAAGGUCUAGUAGAGACAUGGAUCCAAGAAGGACCGAAACGGGAAGGGAAGAUGGAUGAUGAAUCGUGGGUUCGUGAUAUAUGAAGGCCUUCAUAUGUCACUGUAUAUUAGGCGGAAAGACAGCCAGAAAUGUAAAUCAUCAAACUAGAAGAAAAUUUGGCCCAAGCUCUAUCUUAC